AUGAUUGCUAAGACCGAACCCAUUGCGGAGACCUCGUCUGAAGGCCAUAUGGACCAGUUCCACACCAAGAUCGACGCAGACUCCCUCCAUGAGAAGGUAGUCCUCGUCGUGGGCGGGUCCAACGGGAUUGGUGCUAGUCUUGUUGAGCUCUGUUGCGAGAACGGAGCUUAUGUGACGAUCGGAGAUAUUGAUGCCUCUCGCGGAGAACAGCUGGCCAGAAAGUGUAUCCAGCACUGGCCUGUACACUCGGAGCCCACUGGCCCUCCCAAGCCCCCUCGCGCAGUCUUCCAAACGACAGAUGUGACAGACUAUCAGUCCGUGCUCGAUCUAUUUGACCGUACCUUCAAAAAGUACAACCGCAUUGAUCAUGUCGUGGUCACUGCUGGCAGUACAGAGACGAAAGAGACAUGGUUCGACCACUCCUUGAACCUCACGCAAGUCCGCAAGGCUCCAUCUAUCAAGGAUAUCGACGUGAACCUACUGGGGACACUCUAUGUCACUCGCUUGGCGAGCGUAUACCUCCGCCACAACCGGGGUCCAGGGGUGGACCGCUCCAUUCUUCUAUUCUCCUGCGCCGUGGGCAUUAAAGAGACGCCUGUUGUACCAGUAUACCAGGCUGCUAAGAACGGUGUCCAAGGUCUGAUGCGCUCCCUUCGCACCAACCUCAACUCGCCAUACUGCCACAGCAUUCGUAUCAAUACAAUCCGCCCUUGGAUGACACAAACCGACAACUCCUUUUCGAAGACCGUUCAAAAGCACUGGACCAGGGCAGGACUGCCCCUUAGUACUGCUGAGGAUGUUGCAAAGGUGUCUGCUGGCGUGCUUUGCAACGAGUCUCUCCACGGUGCCUCCAUUUAUGUCGCUGGUACGCGUGCCUGGAAAAUUGAAACCGAUAUCGACCGCCCUGAGCCAAGGUGGCUCGGUGAAGAGUCUUCCCAGACUCUCGAACAGGGUCAAAAGGUCCUGGAGAAAGUUCUUGCUGCAUGA